AUAAGAACAAAAAGUCCAGAUCGAGAUCGCGACAACUCCUGGAAAGAAGAGCAAUGCGAAGAGCGGCACUACUUUUACGCUUCAAACGGCCUCCAGAGCUGGAUCUGGGUGUUUUAUAACUUCUUCAAAGCACACAUCGAUAAUCGUUGCUCAGUUCGCGGGACCCCGGCCAGCAGAACAUUGAAAAAGGUGCUCCCUCGCGGCAAUCUAACAAAAAGCACUCGGCCUGGGGAGCCGUGCUUGCCCCUUCCUCUUACCAGAGCCUUACCAGAGCCUACCCCUAGCACGGCAGAAUGCCACCACGAGGGACACUGAAGAAGCCAACCCUUCCGCCCCAGCUGUUGAAAGAGCUCGGCGCGUCAGAUUCGAAGUCGGGGCAAAGACGCGGACAUGGCAGAGGGGAGGUGGCAUCCCGGAAAGAGCGCCGUAAAGCCGAGAGGAAGCAGUCCAGAGCCAAUCGUGCUACGGCUGUCCGAAGCCAUCACACCGGGCGCGACGGUUCAAACCGCAACACCAAUAACCCAAACACUGAGCCGACAGUCCCUAGCGGUAGCAAACCAUCGGCAACAGUACAAUCCAAGCCUCCACUGAAGCGGAAAAGGGACGAACCCGAGGAGGAAGACGUCGAGUCGGAUGAUUUUGACGACGAGAUCGGCCAAGAUGACGAAGAUGCGCUCUCAGACGGGGUGCUUAAUGAGUAUUCUGAGGACAAUGAGGAUGGAGACAGCGGAGAAGACGAUGACGACGACGACGACGACGACGACGUAAUGGACGCACCUCCUAAGAGAAACGUGUCGAAAACGGUCAAGGACAAGCUUGCGCAAGAUGAUGCAGAAAUCGCUGAACUAGAACGGAAACUCGGUCUGAGGAAUCGGAAAAAGUUACCGCAGUCAUUCAAAGAGGAUGGGCUCGGUGACCUUCUAGACGGUCUUGACGGAGGCCUCGAUGAGGAGAAACAAGAGAAGAGGAAGCGCAAGGCAGAAGCGGACGAUUGGCUCGCUCAAAAGCGGAGAAAGGCCGAAGCUGCUCUAGCCGCACAAGCAAAACAUGAUCGAGAUCAUGACGAAAGUGGUGAAGAUUUCGAAGGCUUUGACGACUCAGACGAAGAUAUGCAUGGCAUGGAUGAUGAGGGUACAGAGGACGGGGGAUCCGAGAGCGAUGGAACCGGCAAUGACGGCUCGCAAGGGAGUCAGGAAGGAUUCGAAGAAUCAGAUUCGGAAGAAGAAGACGCUGUCGCCAAUAUUCCGGAGAAGCGAAUACGCGAGAACCCAUACGUUGCCCCCUCGACAGGGCGGACUACGAAAUACGUGCCUCCAUCAUUACGCAAGGAGUCCGGGUCCGACACUGAACUAGCGACCCGCAUUCGCAGACAGACACAGGGUCUGGUGAACAGGAUAACCGAAUCCAACAUGCUGAGCAUCAUUGGGGACAUUGAGAAGCUGUACCGAGAGUAUCCUCGGCAACAUGUUACCUCUUCGCUGGUCGAUUUGCUGCUGAUCCAGGUCUGCGACCCAACGAGCCUGCCAGACACACUCCUCAUUUUGACGGCCGGCUUUGCCACGGCUGCUUACAAAGUGCUCGGAACCGACUUUGGAGGUCAGCUCAUCCAGGAAGUGGUGGAGCGGUUCCAGAAUUACUACGAAGAAGCCAGGACUGCUGCUUUGGAGCGGCCAGAUGUACCGAAGCAAACAUCAAACCUCAUCACAUUCGUCUCAGAGCUCUACAAUUUCCAGCUCAUCGGGCCCAAUCUGGUUUUUGAUUACAUCCGCAUGCUGCUGGAGAGCCUUUCGGAACUCAAUGCCGAGCUACUGCUUCGUAUCGUGCGAAUGUGCGGCCCUGCUCUCCGGCAAGACGAUCCUAUGGCGCUAAAGGACAUUGUUUCAUUGAUUCCCCCGGCCGUUGCCAAAGCAGGCGAAAAGAACCUCACGGUCAGGACGAGAUUCAUGAUCGACACGAUCACCGAUUUGAAAAACAACAAGAUGAAGGCCGGCGCGGGCGCUUCGGCGGUCAUCUCGGAGCACACCACUCGGAUGAAGAAGCUCCUUGGCCAGCUCAAGUCAAGAAAGCUCAAGGCAACGGAGCCCAUGCGAAUGGGUCUAAAGGAUAUUCAAGAUGCGGAUAAGAAGGGUAAGUGGUGGCUAGUGGGUGCGAGCUGGGCAGGAAGGCCGUCCGAUGAGAAGGCUGCAAAAAACGCAGCAGGUUCCGACAAACACGACAGUGAUGACGAGAGCAUUGUCUUGGAUGAUGUAGAGGAUGGCCCGGACCUAGGUGAGCUGGCUAGGGAGCAGGGCAUGAACACCGAGGUCCGGCGAUCCAUCUUCAUUUCCAUCAUGUCAGCCAUGGACUACCAGGACGCCUACUUCCGGAUCCUCAAACUCCGGCUCAACAAGGAACGCCAACGGGAGAUAGCGAACGUCGUGAUCCGGUGUGUCGGUGCAGAGCAGCAUUAUAAUCCCUACUAUACGCUGAUAGCCAGGAGGCUCUGCUCGGAGCAGCGCGAAGUCAGAUGGGCGUUCCAGUCGAGCCUCUGGAAGCUAUUCGGGCGGAUGGGCGAGUCCGGUUUCGGCGACGAGGACGAGGAGGUGGACGAGGAGGAAGACGAGGCGGUGGCGAUGAGACGCCUGGUCAACACGGCGAAAAUGUUUGGGGCACUCGUCGCGGGCGGAAGCUUGGGGCUUGUCGUGCUCAAACGUCUGAACCUCCUGUAUCUGCAGAAAAGGACACGGGAUUUCGUCGAGAUCAUGCUCGUCACUACCCUACUGGAAUGCCAAGGCGGCGAGAGACCGGACGAGGCCAUCACAAAGGUGUUUUCGGCGGUCGACUCGGCCCCUGACUUGGCCAGGGGUCUGAAGUACUUUCUUAAGAAGGUUGUCCGCAAGACUGACCUGGCUGGCGGGAAAAAGAACACGAGGCUUGUCCGGGACGGAUGCAAGCUGGCCGAGGCAGCGGUUGAGAGCGCAUUGGCCAAGGCUGAGGAGCUAGUAUGAUGAGGUCGAAGGGCGAAAGGCGAAGAGCGAAGACAUUUGGCGCGUCGAGGAGCAUACCUAAGUGAGCUAGGUGCUCAGGCAAAGGGCGUUUACACCGAGGCGAAAAUGAUGUCACGGAAAGAGGACAUUUUCAACUGCCUAGGUAGAGCAUGUAACUACCUGACUUUACCAUUUUAUCUAUAGAGAUACCCAGGUAUUGAUGCCAUUUGGAU